CAUAAACGAGACUGCAAGUUUUGUAAAUCACAGUACACGAACUGCGGAGAACCUUCGGUGCUGGAUGAACACAUGUAGGGAAUAUCGGAAAUCCAGAAUCCCGUGAUUUUGUUUUUAGUGUCGAUUACUGCUUAACUGAUCAACAAUGGUGCGCAUGCACGCGCCCGGGAAGGGUAUUUCCCAGUCCGCACUACCUUAUCGCCGAAGCGUUCCGACCUGGCAAAAAACCAGCCCAGAGGAAGUGGUGGAGAGCAUGUGCAAAUUGGCAAAAAAAGGCCUCACUCCUUCCCAGAUCGGUGUGAUCUUGAGGGAUUCCCACGGUAUUGCGCAAGUGCGCUUCUUGACGGGUAACAAGAUCCUGCGCAUUCUCAAGUCCAAAGGCUUGGCGCCGGAUCUUCCCGAGGAUCUUUAUCAUUUAAUCAAGAAAGCCGUAGCUAUCCGGAAACACUUGGAACGCAAUCGAAAAGACAGAGAUGCUAAGUUCAGAUUGAUUUUGGUGGAGUCGAAGAUCCAUCGUUUGGCGCGUUACUUCAAAAGCACACGUGUGCUUCCACCGACUUGGCGAUAUGAAUCCGCUACCGCCUCCGCCCUUGUCGCUUAAUUUUUGGAUGUCUUGUUCAUAUGGAAUUUUAUUAUGCGAAAAUUACAAUUUCCGAAUAAAAACUGAUGGCGUUUG